AUGGGCGCUAAAUUUGGAACAUAUUUUAAAACUAUAAUAUUACGCCAAAGAGAAAAUCUCCCUACUGUUUCUCCUGUUCUAAGGAUGGUCCAAAAUAGCACUGAAGCGGUUUUCAAGCUCUCAUCUGUUACUGAAGAUUUUGUAUUUAAACAAUUGAAAGCUAUAAAAAUAAAUAAAUCUACAGGUUUCGCCGAUAUCACAGAAUGGCUUCUUAAAGACGGUGCCGAGGCUCUUUCAAUGCCUCUAACUGUGUUAAUUAAUAGAUCGUUGGCUGAGG